AUGGCUCGUGCGGGGGCCAGGCGCCUGCAAGUAUCUUGCAAGAGUGAAGAGCCUCCGGGGGCGCCGCCGACCCCACGUCACAUGAGAAGACCCGCGAUCGAGAUCCCGAGCACUCUCACUUUCCAGAUGUCGGUUUGCAUAUUCUCACUCACUUGCUUAGCGGCGCAAUAUGUCAACCUCUAUCACAGCGUGUGGUGGCUUCCGAUGUCAAAUCAGAAACAAGCCAUCAACUAUCACCUCAUCGAUCGACAUACGGCCAUUUUCAUUAUGACCAUCCUCUGUAGGAGACUUCCUUGCGCUAUUCUCCCGAGAUUGAGAGCGAGACACUCAGCCAUCAUCUUCUUCUUCCCAAUCAUUUCGUACUGCGCGCUCCAGAUCUGUCGAUCAUAUGGCACGCUCUCGUUGGCUUUUUUGCUUUACCCCGUCGUGAUAUACUGGGGGGUUUUUGGAGCGACAAUUGUGCCCCUAAUGUCAGCCACUGGAUGGACCGAGUACCCUCCUGAUCACCUAUGUUGUUUCUCUGCUAAAGCAAGCGAUAUCAGAGGCGAAGCCGCAAUGUUCAAAGCAGACUUCAACGCCAGAUUAAAAAUAAUCCUCUUCGACUCAUUGCUGGUUUACUACUACGCGUCAUUCGAACCGUGCGUUUUGAUGUCGUUGCAUCUACAUGUAGACUUCUUCUCCCUCUUCGCCCAUGGGUGGGCGACGUGGCUAGGCGCCCUGUCAUUGUUUGCUAACUUUCAUUUCAAUCCCGAUUAUGUCGACUCGGUCCACAGAUGCGCCCUCCACCUGGGGAAAUGGCAGAAAGUUGAACCUCGGCAUGCUCCUCACCAUAUCUGGUCGGACCAUUGCUUUUGGCCGCAAAACAAUCUAGUCAAGGUGAGGAAUAAGGAGUAUUUCCGUGCCGAAGGAAUUUGUAAUGCAGCCGAGCCGGGUAAUGUCUCACACUUGAGGUUGUACGCUCUAUUCUCGCAUCCUCAACAGUUGACCCGGGUCUUGUUGAUAUUAGUUAUUCUCCAAGUCAGCACUCAGCUCUGGAUGGUGAUCACAGCCAGGUACUGGCACAAUAGUCUAGUGGCGAUCUUGCUCCUACUGGCGGGAUCGUCCAAUCUCUUCAAAACAGUUCGGCAGUAUCUCGUCACUAAGCAACUUUACACGACCGAGAAAAAUAUCCUCGAAGCGGCUCUUUUCAAAUGA